AUGGGUUUGGGAAACAGCUCUCCGAGGAGGGAGUCAUUUGAUGGCAGACGUGAUGGAGGUCUGAGCGGAAUGUUCCCCAACAGUCUCGACGGACAGUUUUCCCGACACAUGGGCUCUACUCACAAAAACGGGCAGUUCUAUGGUCUCGGGCCCGGCAUUACAUCGCCCGGUCCUAUAGGAAUGCUGCCAACAGCUCAAAGUUUAACCCCUCCCCCCUCUCUGGACGGCUCAACAAAUAGUUUAAAUAUGAAUGCAUUGAACAGUCGUAUGAUGUCUGCCGCUCCCGGAGCUGAAGCCAAAUAUAUGGUGAGAAACGGAGGUCUGGGCGGCAAUGUGUUCGGCCCAACGAACCCACCAUUCAAUAGUCGAAUGUUAGCGCGAAACUCAUCAUUAGAGAAGUCGAGCGGAAGGAGUCGUCUGUUAGAGGACUUCCGUAACAAUCGUUACCCAAACCUACAACUGCGUGAUUUGGCCGACCAUAUCGUGGAGUUCUCUCAGGACCAACACGGCUCCCGAUUCAUCCAACAAAAGCUCGAGAGGGCCACACCUACUGAGAAGCAGAUGGUCUUCAACGAGAUCCUCGGCGCCGCCUAUAACCUAAUGACUGACGUGUUCGGCAAUUAUGUCAUUCAGAAGUUCUUUGAGUUCGGAACUCCUGAACAAAAGCAGGCAUUGGCUCAGAAAGUGAGGGGACAUGUGCUUCAGUUGGCGCUCCAGAUGUAUGGCUGCCGUGUCAUACAAAAAGCUUUAGAAUCCAUACCUCAGGACCAGCAGAAGGAUGUGGUGAAGGAACUGGACGGACAUAUCCUGAAGUGCGUCAAAGAUCAAAACGGCAAUCAUGUGGUCCAGAAGUGCAUUGAAUGUGUAGAGCCGGUAGCCCUGCAGUUCAUCAUUAACGCCUUUCAGGGACAGGUGUUUGCGUUGUCAACCCAUCCAUACGGAUGUCGUGUAAUUCAGCGCAUUCUCGAGCACUGCAAUGGCGAGCAAACGACUUCAAUACUGGAAGAGUUGCACCAAAACACGGAGCAACUGGUCCAGGACCAAUACGGCAAUUAUGUGGUCCAACACGUCUUAGAACACGGAAGACCUGAAGACAAGAACAAAAUCAUUCUUAUGGUCAGAGGAAAGGUGUUGAAUCUGUCGCAACACAAGUUUGCGAGCAAUGUUGUCGAGCGUUGUGUGACUCACGCGAGUCGAGCCGAUCGAGCGCUACUUAUUGAAGAAGUUUGUACUUAUAAUGACAGUGCCUUAUAUACAAUGAUGAAAGACCAAUACGCCAAUUAUGUGGUCCAGAAGAUGAUAGAAGUGGCCGAAACACCUCAACGCAAACUACUGCUCCAGAGGAUCCGUCCACAUAUGCCGGCGCUCCGAAAGUACACGUAUGGCAAACAUAUUUUGGCAAAACUUGAGAAGUUUAUGAUUAAGAGCAGUUCAGAUCUCGGCCCUAUCGGUGCUCCGCCUAACGGCUCG